AUGAAAGCGAUCUUACAAAGGGUGACAUCUGCCUCGGUUACUGUUGACAAGCAACUUGUUUCGUCGAUUGGCCGUGGAGUGCUGGUGUUUGCCGCUGUUGGGCCAGAUGAUACCCAGAAUGAUGCAGAUACCCUAGCGGCCAAGUUGUUGAAGCUGAAGAUGUGGCCCGAUGAAACUGGGGCAAAUUGGAAGAAGAAUGUCCAAGACAUCCAGGGGGAGGUCCUUUGCGUGUCACAAUUCACGCUGCUUGCUACUUUGAAAAAAGGCAAUAAGCCAGACUUCCACAAGGCAGCAGAUCCAAAGACGGCGCGAGAUUUAUAUGAGUACUUUCACUCCAGGGUGCAGAACCUGUACACUGCAGAUCGGGUAAAAGACGGAGUCUUCCAGGCCAUGAUGGAGGUAGGUUUAGUAAACGAUGGACCGGUCACUCUUGAGAUCGACACAAACCCAGCAAAGAAGGGAGACAGCGCCAGCAGCAGUGCCAGUGCUAGUUAG